UGAUGAAGGCAUGAAUCAACACAUCAAAGAACAUUAUUACAAAAAUACUAUUCUACAUUGGGUCUUCUACAUCGGUUGUUCAAUAACUGAUGUAAAAAAAGGUGCGGUGGCACCUUUAUAAUUAUUUACAAAUUAUUAGCCAUUUUAAAUCGGUUUUAAUAAGAAACGAUGUAAAAGUACACUACUCUAUGUCGGUCUUAAUAAGAAACGAUGUAAAAGUACACUAUUAUUAGCCAUUUUACGCAUUAUUUACGAACUAUUAUCCAUUCAACGAGCACUUGUUGGGCAAUCCCUUGCAAAAUGCCCUCAUUUUCCACAACUGUAGCAGUUUCCAACACCACUGCCACCACCUCCUCCACCGUACCUUCCACCAUCGCCUCCGCCAUACCUCCCUCCACCGUCGCUGCCUCCUCCACUACCUCCUUGAAAGCAGUCCCUAGCCCUAUGACUAGACUCACCACAGUUGUAAUAGCUUCCAUCGCCGCCACCACCUCUUCCACCAUAGCAACCUCCGCCGUAGCCUCCGCCUCCUCUUCCACUGUUGUAACUCUGGCCGCCACCACAGUUGUAAUAGCUUCCAUCGCCGCCACCAUCUCUUCCACCAUAGCAACCUCCGCCGUAGCCUCCGCCUCCUCUUCCACUGUCGUAACUCUGGCCGCCACCAUCACCACCACGCUUGGAGCGCUGAACGUUGGAGCCGUCGGGGCUAGUGACCUCGACCGCCUUAGUGCGGCCGUCAGAGUCGGACUGAAUGGCGAACUCGUUGGACUCCCCCUCGGCGAGGCUUCGAAAUCCGAAGAUGCUUGCCUCAUUGAACUAGUCAAAAAGUAUGGUAUCAAGAGGUGGUCCAUUAUUUCCAAAUACUUACCAGGUCGGAUUGGAAAGCAAUGCCGAGAAAGUGAUCAUUUUAGGUGGAACAAUCAUCUUGAUCCAACUAUAAAGAAGGAUGCGUGGACAGAGGAGGAGGAAAAAUACUUGCUUAGUGUCACCAACACUACACCAGAAGUGGCAAUAGAUAGCACUAUUUAGAUAACGCUUAAUUAAUAAGUGUUGUGUU